UAGUAUGAUAUUAGACGGAAAUAUUUUAUAUAUAUAAUAAUUCUUAGCGCAAUUAUUGAUGUUAUUCCUAGGUUAUGUUAUCAUUACUUUCGGGUUGAAAUAAAUAGCAAUUAAUAUUAAUGAUUUUCAACUAUUUCUCUUCUCUGAAUUGAACUUAAUACUAAGAAAGGUCAUGUUUCUUUGAAGAUAAGAUAUUACACAUAUGUAAUAAAUUCUAUUUUAUGCGUACCCACUUAAAUUUCAAUAAUUAUUUUUCCAUCCGGAACAUCAUGUCUCUGAUUGAAGUAUCUAGAGUCAAGUCCUUCGAAGGGUUUCAGGUAGUGUUUUCCCACAAAUCCAAAACAUUGGGAUGUACAAUGAAAUUUGGCAUAUACUUACCACCUCAAAUUGAAUUAAAAAAGUUACCAGUUAUUUAUUGGUUAUCCGGGCUUACUUGUAGUGAGGCCAAUUUCAUAGAAAAGUCAGGUGCCCAAAGGUAUGCGGCAGAGCAUGGUGUAGUUAUCGUUAAUCCAGAUACAUCUCCAAGAGGAUUGGAUAUCCCAGGUGAUAAAGACACUUGGGAUUUUGGAGAAGGAGCUGGCUUUUAUGUUGAUGCUACACAAGAACCAUGGAGUCAAAAUUAUAAAAUGUUCAGUUAUGUUACUAAAGAAUUAAGAGAUAUUAUUAACUCUAAUUUCAAUGUCCUUGGUACGAAACAAUCAAUAAUGGGUCAUAGUAUGGGUGGACAUGGGGCUCUCAUUUGUGCAUUGAAAAAUCCGGGCCUUUACAAAUGUGUAUCAGCAUUUUCCCCUAUUUGUAAUCCAAGUAAUUGUCCUUGGGGAAUAAAAGCUUUCAGUGGAUAUUUGGGGCCACAAGAAACAUCAAGUUGGUCUGAUUGGGAUGCAUCUGAACUUGUUACUAAAUACAAUGGACCCAAUCUUCCAAUUUUAAUUGAGCAGGGAUCUUCCGACAAAUUUCUCAAAGAUGGGCAACUUCUACCUGAAAAUUUGAAGGAAAAAUGUGAAAACGAAAAUAUAUCCUUAAAAUUCAGUAACAGAGAAGAAUAUGAUCAUAGUUAUUUUUUUAUUGCUUCUUUCAUUGGAGAACAUAUUAAAUACCAUGCUAAAGAAAUGCAAUAGACUUCUCAACCAUAUCCAUUCAAAUGUCUGAUUUCUGUUUGGUUUUAUAUGUUAAUUUUAAUGGGUAAAGGUUAUAGUCUGUUGAUAGCCAUACAUAUACUCCUAUAAGAAUUUUAAGAAAAUUUUUAAUAAAUUGACUUAAUGUUAAAAAUAAAUAUAUUUUUCAAUUGAUAAAA